AUGGAUGACAGCAAAGGUAUGGUUUGUGUAACUGGUGGAACAGGAUAUCUAGCAUCAUGGCUGAUAAUGAAGCUUCUUCAACAUGGCUACUCAGUAAAUGCUACCAUAAGAAAAACUUUUGAAUGAAUGUUUGGAUCACAAACAGACGUUAGCUACCUCACUAACAUGCCUGGUGCAUCCCAAAGGCUGAGGAUUUUUAAUGCUGAUCUGGACAAACCAGAAAGCUUUAGUGCAGCUAUUGAAGGAUGUACUGGAGUAUUUCACGUUGCUCAUCCAUUGAAUUUUGGGAACCAAGAAAUUGAAGAUGAAAAGAUAAGAAAAUUGGUUGAUGGAACAUUGGGCAUUUUACGGGAAUGCCUCAAUUCAAAAACAGUAAAACGAGUUGUUUACACUUCCAGCAGAACAGCGCUUGUGUUUAAUGAUAAAGGUUUAGACACAGUGGAUGAGAGCUCGUGGUCUGAUAUUCAUGUCAUAAUGAAAACCUUAAAGCCUAUAUUCGCAGCUUCUUAUGUGAUUAGCAAGACAUUAGCGGAAAAAGCUGCUCUUGAGUUUGCUGAGAGGCAUGGAUUAGAUUUGGUGACCGUUAUUCCUAGUUGGAUACAUGGUCCCUUCUUUAGUCCUCAGUUCCCAGAGUCAUUACGAUCAGCUAUGUCAAUGAUUUUUGGUAAUCAGGAAAAUUGCAUGAAGCAUCCAUCGCUUAUCCCAUUCGUGCAUGUAGAUGAUGUUGCCAGUGCGCACAUAUUCCUUCUAGAGAAUAGUAAAGCAAAGGGGAGGUAUAUUUGCUCUGCUGUGGAAGUCAAACCAGAUGAGCUGUUUAAGUUCCUCUCAGCUAGGUAUCCUGAAUAUCAAAUACGUAAUGUCGAUUCCUUGAGGGAGAUUGGAGGGAUUAAGCAUCCUAGCCUUUCAUCAAAGAAACUUUUGGACACUGGAUUCAAAUACAAGUAUGGCCUUGAGGAAAUGUUUGAUGGUGCAAUUGAAUGCUGCAAACAAAAGGGUCUACUCUAG